CUCACACCCAGAAGAAACACACACACAAAAUAUACCAAAAAAAGAAAAGAGAGAGAAAGUAGAGAGAGAAACAAAGUCACUGAUCUCGUCGUCGAUUAAUAACCGUCUCUGACUCCGAUAAGAGCCAUAAGCAAGUAGACAAAGAGGAAGCCGAGAGAGAGAGCUGUUAUAUCUCUGAGUCGAGGUUGAAAUUGGAGGCUGUACUCGUUGAGGAAGCUGGUGAUUGAGAUAAGAGAACGAAGAAAAGGAACCAGGUGCUGAUUUCGUUAGCGUAGAGGCUAGUUUGAGCACCAGAUGAAGCAGAUCUGAGCUUGAGGUAUGGAGGUUUCGGUGAAAGGUAAUCACGGAGGAGGAGGAGGAGAAGGAGAAAACGCCGUCUCCGUGGUGGCAGGAGAAGGGCAAAAGAGUAAUUUAAACCGUGUUGUAGUUGAUGAAGAAGCUGCAAUCUAUAGAGAGCUGUGGCACGCUUGUGCAGGUCCGCUCGUGACGGUCCCUCGACGAGAUGAUCGAGUCUUCUACUUCCCUCAGGGACACAUCGAGCAGGUGGAGGCGUCGACUAACCAGGCGGCGGAGCAGCAGAUGCCUCUUUAUGAUCUUCCUUCUAAGCUCCUUUGUCGAGUCAUUAACGUAGAUUUAAAGGCAGAGGUAGACACUGACGAAGUUUAUGCGCAGAUCACUCUUCUUCCUGAGCCUAAUCAAGAUGAGAAUGCAGUUGAGAAAGAGGCGCCUCCUCCUCCGCCUCCGAGGUUUCAGGUGCACUCGUUCUGCAAAACCUUGACUGCGUCGGAUACGAGUACUCACGGUGGAUUUUCUGUGCUUAGGCGGCAUGCGGAUGAGUGUCUCCCACCUCUGGAUAUGUCACGUCAGCCUCCUACUCAGGAGUUGGUUGCUAAAGAUUUGCAUUCAAAUGAAUGGCGUUUCAGGCAUAUUUUCCGAGGUCAGCCACGGAGACAUUUGCUUCAGAGUGGGUGGAGUGUGUUUGUUAGCUCAAAGAGGCUGGUUGCAGGCGAUGCAUUUAUAUUUCUAAGGGGUGAGAAUGGAGAAUUACGUGUGGGUGUAAGGCGUGCAAUGCGACAACAGGGAAUUGUGCCAUCAUCUGUUAUAUCCAGCCACAGCAUGCACCUAGGAGUGUUGGCCACCGCGUGGCAUGCCAUUUCAACAGGAACCAUGUUUACAGUCUACUAUAAACCAAGGACAAGUCCAUCUGAGUUUAUUGUUCCGUUUGAUCAGUAUAUGGAGUCUGUGAAGAAUAACUACUCCAUAGGCAUGAGAUUUAAAAUGAGAUUUGAAGGCGAAGAGGCUCCUGAGCAGAGGUUUACUGGCACAAUUGUUGGGAUUGAAGACUCUGACCCCACGAGGUGGGCAAAAUCAAAGUGGAGAUCUCUCAAGGUAAGAUGGGAUGAGACUUCUAGUAUUCCUCGCCCUGAAAGAGUAUCUCCGUGGAAGAUAGAGCCAGCUCUUGCUCCUCCUGCUUUGAGUCCUGUCCCCAUGACCAGGCCUAAGAGGCCCAGAUAUAAUAUGGCUUCUUCGUCUCCUGACUCUUCCAUGCACAUAAAAGAAGGCUCAUCUAAGGUAAACGUAUACCCUUUACCGGCAAGUGGACUUUCAAGGGUCUUGCAAGGUCAAGAGUACCCGACGUUGAGAACAAAACAUACUGAGAGUGUAGAGUGCGAUGCUCCUGAGAGUUCUGUUGUGUGGCAAUCCUCAGCGGAUGACGACAAGGUUGAUGUGGCUUCUAGAAGAUAUGAGAACUGGAUGUCCUCAGGCAGGCAUGAAUACACGGAUUUGCUUUCUGGCUUUGGGGCGAACGUAGAUCCAUCCCAAGGUCAUCAAAUACCUUUUCAUGACCAUUCAUCAUCACCCUCAGUGACUGCAAAGAAAAUCCUUAGUGAUCAGGAUGCCAAGUUUGAUUAUCUUGCUAACCAGUGGCAGAUGAUGAACUCUGGUCUUUCCCUGAAGUUACAUGAAUCUCCUCAGAUCCCUUCUGCAUCUGAUGCAUCUUUCCAAGGGCGAGGUAAUGCCACAUAUGGCGAAUAUCCGGUGCUUCAUUCUCUGACGACUGAGACUGCUGGUGGUAACUGGCCAAUACGUCCCCGUGCUUUGAAUUAUUUUGAGGAAGCGGUUCAUGCUCAGGCUAGGGAGCAUGUAACAGAACGACCUCAGAUGGUACAAGAGGAGACGGCAAAGUCAAGAGACGGGAACUGCAGGCUUUUUGGCAUUCCCCUUGUCAACAACGUGAAUGAAACCGAUUCAACUAUGUCUCAAAGGAACAACUUGAAUGAGAACUCAGGGUUUACACAGAUGGCAUCUCCGAAGGUUCAGGAUCUUUCUGAUCAUUCAAAAGGGUCAAAAUCGACUAAUGAUCAUCGUGAACAGGGAAGACCAUCCCAAGCUAAACAACCCCAUGCGAAGGACAGUCAUUGUAAAACAAACUCAAACAGGAGUUGCACAAAGGUUCACAAGCAAGGGAUUGCACUUGGCCGGUCAGUGGAUCUCUCAAAGUUCCAGAACUACGAGGAGUUAAUAGCUGAAUUGGAUAUGUUAUUUGAGUUCAACGGAGAGCUGAUGGCUCCUAAGAAGGAUUGGCUGAUAGUUUACACAGAUGAUGAGAAUGAUAUGAUGCUUGUUGGAGACGAUCCAUGGCAGGAGUUUUGUUGCAUGGUUCGCAAGAUCUUCAUAUACACGAAAGAGGAAGUGAGGAACAUGAACCCGAGAACUCUAAGCUGUAGGAGCGAGGAAGAAGCAGUUGUUGGGGAAGGAUCAGAUGCAAAAGACGGCAAGUCUGCAUCGAAUCCUUCAUUGUCCAGCGAACUCUUGAACCAAAAGAACCAACACACCCUACAAGCCGAGGGAGAUGUAGAAGCCCAAAUCAGGAGGAGGGUUUGAUGGUGGAGCCUGGAUAGCUAAAAGGGGGAUUAUGGGGGUUUAUAAGAUACGGUAUUAGAAAAAGAGAGUGCUAUUUUUGGAGUAUUUUGUUGGCAAAUUAGAAUAUUAGCAUCUACCCACCACGCUAUUAUCUAAUUAAUAAUAAUAAUGUGAACAAAAUGAUGGGUUAUAGGUAUAAUGUAAGUAGAAUAUGGAAGAGGCUCUUUUAUAAGUAGUAAUGAUGGAUUGGAGUUGUUAGAUGGAGGUUGGUAUCGGUUCUUGUUAUUAACUAGUUCUUUGAUCUCUUGCAGGAGAUCUCUUUAAGUCUUUUAUUGUUUAUCUAUUGAUCGCUAUGUAUAUAAGGUUUUAUUAUUUUGAACA